AUGCCUCGUGUUGUGAAUCCAUCAAAGAGCCAUCGCCGCUCCAAUGGCGGCGCCUCAACCCCCCAGAAGAACUCUCCCAUCAAGAUCCCCCUCAAUGAUGACAUGGGAGAGAAGGCUGCUCGAAUGCAGUCGCGACAAGCUCAGUAUGACCGCCAAAUGAACCAGAUCAAGGCUGCGGUUAAGACGCCCAUGCCCCCCCGCAGGCAAUACGAUCGUGCCGAUAGUCAAAGUCCAGUAACUCCACGUGGUUCUCAUCGACGAGGUCGGGAGAGUGACGUGGAUGGUCGCGGCCGAGGUGCAACUCCAGCUAAACGAGUCCCUAUUCUCGCCAACUUCGAGGAGUGGAUGAAAAUGGCGACCGAUAACAAGAUCAACGCUGCUAAUUCAUGGAAUUUUGCUUUGAUCGAUUACUUCCAUGAUAUGUCAUUGCUCCGCGAGGGAGAUGGCGUCAACUUCCAAAAGGCCAGUUGUACUCUUGAUGGUUGCGUCAAGAUUUACACAAGCAGAGUGGAUAGUGUUGCGACCGAAACCGGGAAACUCUUGAGUGGUUUGGCAGACAGCCGAGACCGCAAAGCCCAGGAAGGCGAGGCGGCCGAAGGCGAUGAGGAAGAAGAGGAAGAGGGCGAAGACGGUGUGCGAAGAAAGGCAAAGAAGAAGACACGUUCUCACGAGGCUACGCUCGCUCCAUCGUUUGCAUCUUUACAAUUGAAAAAGCUCGAGCUCGAGUUUGCGGUGGACCCGCUCUUCAAGAAAGCAUCGGCUGACUUUGACGAAGGAGGUGCUAAGGGAUUGUUGUUGAAUCAUUUGUCAAUUGAUGGCCAGGGACGUAUCAUUUUCGAUAGUAGUGAUGACGUGGAUGAGACAACCAACGGCGGGGAUGCUGCGCAGGACGACGGAAUGAAUGACAGUGCAGAGCCAGAGGAGACGCAAGCCAAAGAACCGGAGAGUGAUCCGAUGGAUGUUGAUCCUGUCGAGAUUGAUAUUUCCUCCCUCGGAAACAGAUUCUUUCCGGAUUUAGAUCGCCUUUCCGAACAGGACAUCUGCCCAUCAUUGAAGAAUCUUGAUCUAGGAGAUCCAAGUGGCUCUCUUGAUAUGCCAUUGCUUAAAGCCCCUGAGGAAUGGCGGCACGACAAGGACCAUGACGAAUCUGAUCCGGCAAGACGUAUGGGUGAUGCUUCCGGCAUUAUGCUCGACGAUGACAAUGCUGUCGGAUUUGAUGACGAUGACGGUACUUUUGCAGGAUUCGACAUUGGCGAAGACGCUGGUUUUGGUGAAGGUGGAGAGGCUUGGGCGCGAGAGGCAGCAUUGGAACCCUUGUUGAAGGUUCAUCGCAUGGAUGUCGGUGGAGAAGACGAUCCGGAGGCUGCCGAGGAUGAAGAUCCCUACACGUUGUCGAUCUCUCACCAACCAGCCAAUAAUGAGCACGAAAAUAUUCUGAGUUACUUUGAUAACGCUUUACAAAAGAACUGGGCGGGUCCUGAACAUUGGCGAAUUCGCAAGAUUAAGGAGACUAGUGCUGCCAAUUCCACGGCGGUGCCGAAGCAACGCAAAGAAAAGGAGCCAUUUGUGAUUGACUUUUCCGCUCCACUUGAUGCUACAGCAGCUGAGUUGAUAUACACGCAAGCAAGUUCGAAUUCUGCUAUCUCGAUUCCCAAGACGCAAUGGAAAACAAAAGGACGCAAUCUACUUCCGGAUGACAAGCACUUCAACUCGCAACAACUGUUGCGACUCUUCCUCAAGCCCAAGGCUCGUAUGGGAUCAAAGAGAUUUUUUGGAGCUCGCAGGACAGGAGAGGCAACUGAGACGCGCGUUCCAGCGGCAGGAGAAAUGGACGAGGCUUUCUGGGCUAAUCACAAACCUGAAAAUGGCGCACAAGCAGAGGACGAGAAGGUUGCAGGCACGUAUGAUGCCGACUUCUUUGCAGACGACGACGGGCUUGCAUUCCCUAACGGACUGCCGAUGGCAGAUGAUGAUGACGACAACCUACCAUUUGCAGAUGCUCGAGAGAUGUUCUCUCCAGCAGGCGAUAUGGAUGCCCGGCCUACAACGUCGGCUGGUGAUGGGUCAGGCGCUACGGGAUUAACAGCCCUAUUGAAUAUGGUUGGAGCUACACCCGGCUCGGUGCUUCAUGGUGGAGGAUUCGGCUCACAGCUAGUGACGCAAGGUGGUCGUCGUGUCCGGCCCGACUAUGUCGCUUACGCACGUGUGGCUAAGAAGGUUGACGUCAGGCGGUUGAAAGAAGAAAUGUGGAAGGGUAUGGGCGACGGAUUGAUCGAGUCUAUGGAUUUCAACUCAGCCUCGGACGCAGCAGCAGUUGUUGAUGCACCUGAAGAGCCUACUGAGGACGACGGCCCACCAACACCAACACCGAAGAAUAGGCAAUCAGACGGAGACCAUCCAAUGCCUGACAUUACAUCUGAGAUUGAAAAACACGGUCAAUUACGAUUCACGAACGUUAUGAACUCUCUCAAGAAGGUGUAUCCAGAAGAAUCGUUACGGGACAUCAGUACCUCGUUCGGGUUUAUUUGCCUGCUGCAUCUGGCUAACGAAAAGGGACUUGUUCUACAGAACGGUGGUGGCUUUGCCGAAGGAGAUGGCACUUUGGAAGAGAUCUAUAUUAGUAAAGAUGUCGGGGCGGUAAUUGACGACGGUGCCAUGUAG